AUGCGAGGCGCAGAUGUCGAGAAGGUGCCCGAGCCGAAGGGGGAGGCGACGUUUUUUUGUACGCAUUAUGUGACCAUGACCUAUGACCGGAGCCCGUGGGUGGUAGAAGACGACAACAAGACGCAGCCGGACGACCCCAUCGCCGGCCUCGAUGUGAGAGUGGGCAUACAUACCUCGGCGGGCGGUGCGGACAUGCCGUCCAGCAAGAUCCCCAAGCUGGAUGAACUCCAGAAGCUGAUCAAGGAUCAGCUCGGCUACGAUUUGGGAAGGUUGUAUGAUUGCCACCACGAAUUCCUUGCGGACGGCGGGAUCCGAGUGGCCGUCCAGUUUAACCUUGCGUCGCUGGUGCCGUUCAUCUCUGAUAUUGGUCCAACCAUUACCACGGUGUUCGGGGUGGGUUUCCAGGAGGCGCUAAACAGUGAUAUCACGCUCUCGAUUCUCUGCUCCUCUUUCUAUAUCGAUGUAAAUGCGGAGGAGACGAGCGCUACCGGCGCGCUCUACGAGUACAACCCGACUGUCCGGGAGAUGAAGGGCGACAGACAUUUCAUAUGCGGAACCGUCACUUCUGCCAGAAAGAACUUUUGUCCCUUACGAUCAAGGGUGUCAAAGGCUUGUUGCCCUAGCAUCGAUAGUGUAAAUCCAGGUUCGUUGCCCACCGCGGCCAGCACCGCGCGACAGAAGCCGGCCAAGGUCACCGAGAGAUUCGGCCAGCGAGUGGAGAACAACAUUAAUCAGCUCCUUGAACCCCUUGGCUAUAGCGAGGCAGUGAUUCACAACCUAUCUCAAGCGAACGUCACAGCUGCCAUGUAUUAUCACAUGAGUAACAAACAGCUCGAGCUGACCGGUCAGACCCGGCCUACCAAUUUGGCCACCAGCUUAGCGGACAGCCUGCCCGAUGAACUGAGCAGCUUUCUGCGGGAGAAAUACGCGUCCGCAUUCUUGUGCCAGGUGGUCAAGCGCGACAAAACGUACGGUAAAAAGCUCACGGACCAGGAGAAAAGGAAUCUGUGGUAUUGGUGGAAUGGCAAUGGUAAGCAAUGCCUUUCAAGAUCAAAGGAGUACGCGGAAAUUACCCGCAUUGCGUCCACGGAAGCCCUGAUCGAGUACAUGGGGGACGAUCUCCAACGGUUUCUGGACGACGACCCGCAGACGUGGGCGCGGCGCCUCUACGACGAGAUCACCCAGGAACGACGCAUGUACAUGUAUAUGAAAUACCCGAUGCAGGGAGCCGCGGGCACGAAGCAAUCGUCCGGCGUAAACGUGAUGAACCGCGUCUGCACGAUGCUGGACGCCUUGGACCGCUCGCACAACUACGCCGACGACUGGUUCCAGGCCACGAUGGCCUUCGUCGGCGCCCGUCAGCUCCAGUACCCGUCCCUUGCCAGUGAUUCCCAGGACUCGGAUCAGGCGGCGGAGUGGCUAGCGGAUAUCCUGCACCGUCUUAUCGUGCAGGUCCUCGACGGUGAUGGCGACGAUGGGACACUGGAUCCGGAUGUGCGGGCCGGGCUGCGGGAGAAUAUUGUCGCGUUCGAGGAGGCAAACGGCCUCAAUUCUUCGGGGAGGACGGCAGAGGACCGGGCGACGGAGAUUGUGCGAACGCUGGGCGAGUUCACGACCAGCCUGGGGGGGUGGAUGUCGGCCAUCGACAAGGGUCUCGCGGCCGCGUUUGCCGGGACCAGUUUGUACAAGUGGACGGAAGAAGCUUUUGCGAAUCUGUCCGAUGCUUGGGGGGAUAAGAUCCCGGGAUUAUCCAAGAUGAAGGGUGCAGUAUCGAUUGCAAUGGUGGGCGUGUACAUGAUGCAGAUUUUCGGCAGCGUCUACGGCAUCAUCCAUGAUUGGGAUAAUAUGUCCGAUACCCAGAAGGCCGCGGCUAUUUUGGAGGUGAUCGGAACGACUGUGGAGGGGAUCAGCAGUGCCAAAGAAUCGUGGGACGCGUACCGCACACGGGCCAAGGCAGAGAAUUUCGAGGAUUAUGUGCAGACAUCGGAGUUGGAUCGCGGCACGUACACCGCCCUGUCAGAGGACGGCGAGGGCAUCGCCGAGGUGUGCGAGGCCGUGAACCCGGAUGUCAGUCUCCAUGAGGUCGUGGGUGAUCAUCUCACGCCCGAGGGUCAAGCCACCACCCCGGACGAUGCAGAGCAUUGGAACGAGCCCCCCGACCGGCCGCCGGCAGGGGUACCUCCUGAAGGUGAGGAUGUAGCGUCGAAAUGGAGUAUCGGGGGGAGGGCAUUGAAACUGUUCAAUGUUUGCCUGGGGAUUGUGCUUGUAGGGGCGGCGAUAUACAGUCUAGUCGAGGAUUGGAACAAACUGUCCACCGGUGAGAAGAUCCUGGACAUCCCGUCCGACCUCACGCAGACGCUGCAGGUGGUCCUGGACAUCGUCGAGCUAUUCACGGGCCCGGACUUCGUGACGGCGACGGGGAUCUUCGCCACGGCCCUACCGGUGCUCGGGGCCGUCCUAGCCAUCAUCGGGCUCGUCCUUAUGCUGGUGAAUUUCUUCAUCAGUCUCUUCUCCCCGCCGCCGGAGGACCCCGUCGACACGUUCCUGAAGAAGCAAGGCAAGCCGCUCCUUGACGCCCUGGACGCGCCCCCGGACCCCCAGCUCCAGUACACCCUAUCCACCGAUACCGUCCACGCGCACGCGGUCGACCCCCUCGCCGUCACGGGCACCAACACGACCGACCAGCCCGUCACAGUGCCCAACGUCCGCGUCUCCCUGACCGGUGGCACCACCGCCGAAAACCUCUUUGACGCUGACCAUUUCGAUCUCGUCGCCGCGGAUGAUCCAGCCCGCGACGAGCCGGAGCACGUCUACGUGGCCCCAGCUGCCACGGCCGGGGCGGCAAUGACCACCAGUACGCUGGGUAACGGAGCCAAGAACGAGUAUCACGAAUACGAGGUGGAGAUCGCGGGAUGCCAGCCGGGAGAUGAUCAGGCGAAGACCGGUAGUCAUGGUACUAGUAGUCUGCCGCCGUUGGUCUUGCAACCGGGGGAGUCGUUCACAGUUCAGUGGACGGCGGCGGUCAACAAGAAAGGGGAUAGUCUGGUGGAUGUGAUCGAGAAGUCGAUGCUGGAUCGAUGCCAUGUUCAGAUGCCUGUUGUGAGGGUCUGA